AUGUUAAUAUUUAUUUAUAUUCUUUUAUUAUUUGUUAAUAUUAAUGCUUUUGAAGAUUUUAAGAACUUAAAAAGAAAUAAUACUUAUUUUAGUGAAAGAAAAAAAAGGGAAAUAUUAAAAGAUUCUAAAUUUUUAUGGAAUACAAAAAGAAUAACAUAUCAUGUGAAUUACCGAUUAAAUUAUACCUUAAUUUCUAAAGCAGUUUCAAGAAUUUCAAGAGAAACAUGCUUAAUAUUUGAAGGUACAAAAAAUAAAUUAUUUGCAAUGCUCAGCUAUGAACCCGGUGAUAAUUUUGAAACAUAUUUAGGAAAAAGAGAAAGUUUACUUCAUAAAAUUUCAAUUCCACCUCGAAACAUGGAUAUUAGUAAAAUUAUACGAGAAACAUUACGUGCUUUAGGAAUGGAUUAUGAAACCAAUAGAAGCGAUAGAGACAUGUAUGUUACUAUUAAUAGAAGAAACAUAAUGCCUAAAUAUGAAUCAAAAUUCAUUCAAUUGUAUAAAGAUUUAACAAAUUCAUAUGGUCUUCCAUAUGAUUAUAAUUCAAUUAUGCACUUAGGUAAAUAUGAUUAUUCAAAAUCUAAUAGAUUACCUGUUAUUGAAACUAAAAAUAAAAAAAUGGAAUUUUUUAUGGGUAAUAAAUUAUAUCUUAGUUUUAAUGACGCAAAACUUUUAAACCUCAAAUAUUGUUUAAAACCAAAAGUAUUAUCUUUAGAUUGUCAAAAUUACGGAUAUCCUGAUCCAAUAGUUCAAAAUAGGUGUAAAUGCUUGCCAUUUUUCACCGGUUUAAAAUGUGAAAAGUUUAUUAAGAAUCCUGAGUUUUGUACAAAUGAAAAUGUUUUAAAAACAGAUAUGUUUGUAAAUCUUAAAAAAUUAAUCUUAGGUAGAAGAUGUUAUUUUCUUUUAUUUUCAAGACCAUUUAAAAAAAUUAAAUUAAUAUUACAGUUUAAAGUUUGGUUUUUUUUUCGUAAAUGUACUCCAAAAGAGCAUAUUGAGGUUAGGUAUGGUAAAGAUUUAUCAGUAGGUGGCGUUGUUUAUUGUCCUAGUAGUGUACCUUUAUACAUUGAAUCAGUAACAAACAAAAUAAUUAUUGCAUCGUAUUAUGAAGAUAAUUUUAAAAUUGAAAUAAAAUAUUGGGAAGUUUCACAAAAAAGUAAAAGUGUACAUUUUUAA